AGAUAAUGUUCGAAUGGCAAAAAGGUGUAUAAAACCCCCUCGGUUUGUUGAAGUUCUCAAAGCUGACAUGACGCCCUCAGGAAAAUAUGUUAUUGAGGUAGACAUUGAGCCAUCCUCCAUUGUCUGUCAAGACCUCUAUUUUAAGACAUUUGAUGUGGUCGUAGAUGAACAAGCUAAGAAGAAGAAAGGUGGCGAGUCUUUCUUCAUAAGAGACGGCAGCAGCAGCAAGCAGGUGGAUUAUGACACAUACAUCGCUAACAAUCCAGGCUUGUCCCAGGAGAGGAAGGAGGCUGAAGAAAAGCAUCUCUCUGUUGUCAAAGUCCAUGCACAUGGCUCUGCGUUGGGGGCGAUGAUAACAGGAGGGACACAUUCUAUGGACAGGCCUAAUUUUACUUCGUACAUUGUGGUGGCUAACAAGUCUCAUCCUGUUCAGCUGGACAACCUGGAUUUCCUUCCUUGCAUGAAUCUUACGGCUGUUUUGGAUUUUGAUCCACAGUCUGCUGAGAAUGGCUUGAAUAAGCUUAUCAAAGAGAGAAAAAUGAAGAUAAACGAUCAUUUACCUGCUCAGUAUACAGUGACAAGUACGGUUAAAGACACCGUAUGCAGCUUAAGUCUGACUAAAAGCACAAGCUGGGUUUUCUGUAACGGAGGCAUUAAUGGGGAAACUCCCUCCGAUGAUGAUAACUGGCUGACUGAGAAAGGACACUCUGUGCGUCAUGUAGUCUCUUUCCUGUGCCAAAGCGUUCUCCCUCGCAAGGAAAUUUCUUGUCAUAUUCUUGUUACUAAAUCAGGUGAGCAAAGCCAGCGACCCCUUGUUUCAGACCUUCGGUAUGUUUCUACAGGAGCUUCAGGGACAAAACCAAAUCUUGUGCAUCAGUGACAAUGAAACAUCACACACCUACUGGAAUGACCUUGUCAGGCAGCGACAUCGAUGGGACGUAUCAAAAUGCAUUUAUGAGCUAAGUUUUGCUGAAAUCAAUGGCACCAUCCUAAGUCAGUGCUCAGAGCUACGCAAGUUAGUACG